UCUCACCGGACAAUGUUAGGAGUUGGCCUAUUCAAAAUGCUUUCAAGACAUUGCUCUCACCGACAUGCCACUGGUUGUUUUCAUCUUGAUCUACACGGAAAGGUCAAAGGGCACAUCGCUUCUGCAAAAUUAUGGGUGUUCAAAAACAGGGACUGGAAUGACAAACAACAGUCGUUCACGAUUUCGGAGUUGGACCAGGGCACAAGUUACAAUUACACAAAAUUACGGCCAAAAAAUAUCGUGCAGCGAAUUGAGACGGACGUGAAGAGCGGAUGGUUACAGUUUAAUAUUACGACUACGAUCAGAAAAUGGCUGGAUAAACCGCACUUAAAUCAUGGCUUCUCGAUCAGAUGCAAGACGUGCCAUACCAAAAGUCAUCGAGUUGUGUUCGGUUCGAAAGAGGGUUAUCGUCCUUUGUUGAUCAUACAUUUUGGUAAUGAGAACAGGCGACGUGAAAGACGAAGUAUCGAUUGUACUCCCGGAGAAACGUUGUGUUGCAGGCAACAGUUUUAUAUUGACUUUGGGGCCAUAGAAGAUUUUCUACAAAUCCUGCAACCCAAAGGACUCUGGGCCAAUUAUUGUACAGGCUCUUGUUAUGAUGGAACGAUGGCUCAUUACAACCAUACAACGUUAAUGCAGACGUUGAGAUUUCGAUCAACCAGUGUCAAUGAUAGUUUUGCAGAAACUCUCAUGCCCUGUUGUGCUCCGAUCAGCUACGCAACAAAAUCACUGUUAGUUAUUGACGAGCACGGUGACAUCAAAUACAGUGAAGUCCCAAACAUAUCGGUUCAUGCGUGCGGCUGUAUUUAAUUCAACAAAGGAAUAAGCCGCUGAUAGGCAAUCUAAUGGACGAUUAAAAAGAUUCUCCCGAAAUUGCCUGUUACUAAAACAAGCAAUAUUCAAGAAACUUCAAGUAGGGCCUAUUUUAUAUGCCUGCGCCGCUUUAAUUUCACCAUGUAAACACACUUUGUAGGCUAUAUUUAUGCGUGCGACGCCACAAAAAUAAGCUACAAAUGUAUGGCUAAUAUAAAAAUACUCGUUCUGGUGUAUCGACAAUAUUUGCAAACAGGGACAGAUAUCGUGGUACACAAAUUAGCAAAUUGUUUCAAUCUGAUUAAAACACAGAGCCUAUUUCGUUUCGUUUUUUAUACUUCAAAAUUCUGUUUUACUUGUCUUUACUACACUAGCAUCUGGAAGAGUUAUUAUAUUACCGGCGUUUUGGUUGAAGUGAGGGAUGAACCAAUGAAAUGGUCUGUUACGGCGACUUCUUGGCGUGCUAUGCACGGAAGUGUGGGUAAACCACCAGGGCGACCUUUGGUUAUCGUGAUUUCUUGACUAUGGUCGAACUAACUGAAUCCGAAUUUCAUUUAGUUCGGACCAUAGUCCGAAAAUACUGAACCAUGGUAAGAUGGCGGGUGUCGAUGAAACGUAAGUGUAGAAUAUUUAGAAAGAAUCUAUUUUUAUUUAGUAUAUGAUUUUAGGAAAGCUUGAAAGAAUUUUAAAUGGUUGCAACUUCUAUGAGCAGAUAUUUUUUGUCUCGUAUGUUAUGUCUGAAUCUAUAUAAGUCUAAAAAAUACGCAUUAUUUCAAUAUUUAUGUAGGCCUAAUAAAAAAUGUGAAGUCAAAUUACAAGGAAUUUGGCGUCUCAAGCAAUUUUAAUUUUAUGAAAGUAUUAUUUGUUUAUAUAGCGAUUCAUUAUCCUCCGUGGAGAGAUUAUAGACCUUCCUUGAGCUUAAGGUUUUUUAGGGUUAUGAUCGAGGUCUAAAGCAGAAUAAAUUGACAUUACCAUGUCCAUGGGAGCAAACAUCUUUUAACAGACGAUUGUCCGGACCAUUCGCGUUCGGUUUCUAGUUUCGACCACUAGUCAUGAAAAAAUUAUAACCGAAGGUCGCCUAGAAACGUCAAUGCUGACACGACCUUCUAGUAAAACUUGUCAGAUCUUCAUAUUAUGUAGGCCAUAUAAAAAACCGAAACGAAAUAUAGAUCUGUAUUUUAGUCAGAUUGCAAAUUGUUUUUGAUAUGCCUUCAUUACAAAAGAAACGCCUCUUGGGAUUAACACCAAUAUUAUAAAUAAUCAUCUAUUUAUUUUAAAAUCUCCUAUGCAUUAGUAAUAUUCUUCAUUUUUAUUUAUUAUUCUUUACGAUUCUCAAAAUCAAAUUAAAAUGUAACUAUCAUUUUAAGAAAAUUGUUUCGCAUCGCUCCGCUCGGCUGACCGUUUAUACAUAAUUGUCCCCAAGCUUCUAAGAAGUUUAAUUCUGCUUUUAUAUACUACCUUUGAUCGACCUUUUAAACCCAAGCAACACUUUUUAGUCUAUUUUGGCGUGGGUUAUAAUCUCCGUAAAAUCCUAAGAAAACGCCAAAAAAUUCUAGAAUGCAGGUUUCACCCAAUCUGAUUGAAAUACAGAUCUAUAUUUCGUUUCGUUUUUUAUACUUUAGAUGGCCAACACUAGUAUAGUAAAGACAAGUAAAACAAAAUUUUAAACUAUAAAAAACGAAACGAAAUAGGAUCUGUGUUUUAAACAGAGUGGGUUUCACCCACACCCGUUUUUAAAAUCAUUGUAUAUGAGCGCCUGGCGAAUAUUAUCGUUUUUCACUUGUAUACUCUCAUCAUCUUUGUUUAAUUUUGUGUAUUAUCUAUAUAUAGCUGUUAAUUAAUUUGUCUUUAUGCCAAAUGUUAAUCAAUACGUAAAGAACCUUUCUCAAUGCAAUUUGUUAUAAAUAUAUUAUUUUAUUCUGUAUUAACUUUAUGUGCGGUAUUAAAUAAUAAAAACAUUUUUACCAAA